AUGUCUUCCACGCCCCCCGAUGGAGAAGGUCUCAAUAUGAUGUGGUGGGCAGCGCGACACCCACCGUCAGACCCAAAAACUUCUUUCGCCGGCCAAACAGUCCUGAUCACCGGUGCCAAUACCGGGUUAGGCUAUGAAGCAGCUCUCAAAUUUGCUGCACUUGGCGCCUCCCGUCUCAUUUUCGGCGUCCGGUCACUUCACAAAGGUGAAGAAGCACGAGCGCGGAUAUGCCAACAAACUGGCUACGAUACUAGCAAUAUCCAGCUUUACGAACUUGAUAUGAGUACUUUUGCCUCUGUAAAAAUGUUUGCCGAGGUGACUGCCAAAGAGCCUCGCUUGGAUAUCGCCGUCCUCAACGCUGGACUCAUGGCGACGUCUUAUCGUGUCAGCCCUGAAGGAUACGAGAUGUCUCUGCAGGUGAUGGUUCUCUCAACUGGACUGUUGGGUAUGCUUCUCUUACCGCAGCUUCAAAAAUCAGCUGCUAUGUCCGGCGUACCUGCACAUAUCGAGUUUGUGGGUAGUAUUGCUGGUCGCAGUGUAAAGCCUGAUACAUUCUCACGGAUUGAUGCCAGUAUCUUGGACGGGGUCAAUCAACCUGGCUUCUUCGAUGUGCAAAAGCAGUAUAAUGUUUCGAAACUUCUGCUGUUCUACGUUUUGGAUAGCUUGGCGGAGUCUACAAGCAGCGCCAGCGUUAUUAUCAAUGCCGUCUGCCCAGGGCCUUGUCGAACUAAUCUUGGCCGAGACUUCCCGAGUUGGCUAAGGGUUCCGUUGACUCUCAUGCAAUCUGUGCUUGCUCGCUCAGCAGAGGAAGGGGCGAGAAGCUAUGUCAGUGGAGUGACUCUGGGUCAAGAAGCGCAUGGUCAAUUGUGGAGUGCCGACAUGUUCCUCAGGUCCGCAAGGCAAGGUGUUGCAGAAGAAAGUAUGGAGAGAAAUUCUUGA